UUCCGAUCGGAACGUUUGGCUCGCGGCCCCAACUGCGCCCCCUGUAUCUGUGUGUUUGUGGUGUGUGUUGCCAUUAGACGGGUCAGAACGCGAGAGCGAAGGGGACACCAUGGCUUCUCAGCGGCUUUAUCUGAGGUUGGUAGGGCUCACCGCUCUGCUCACAUUGCUGGCCCUCGCAGAUGUUUCCAGUGAGAGCAGCCUUCACAAGAUCCUGAAGAAAAGAGACGUGGUAGGUGACGGUAGCGCUUCACCUAAGUACAGGGUGGCUGUUGCUCCCGCCAAGGCCAAAGAGUUCCUGGCCAAGCUACAGCGGCCCAAGAGGAACAUUUGGGACCGCAGCAGGCCAGAUGUGCAGCAGUGGAUCAUGCAGUUCAUGUACAUGGGCUUCGACGAGACGAGACUGGAGGCGGACCUGUCCUACUGGAUGGACCACGCGCGGUCCAGCGAUCAGGGUCGCCAGCACCAUUAUGACGAGAACUCUCCUAUUGGACCCAGAGACAGAGGGGCACACCGUCACGGAGCCGACGUCAACUACGACUACUACUAACUCAACAUGCUGUCUCACUCCCUCUCUCAAAACGUAAGACUAACCUCUGUCUUCCUUCACUACUUCUAACCCCCUCUCUAUUUCUCCCUCAUAUAGUGUGCAACUUCUUUUCUUUCUUUGUAUAGUUUACUUUCCGUUAAACAACACCUGGACAAACAUUUUGGGGUUUGCAUCAGCUCAUGCUUUUCACUCGUUUCUAACCCAUCCCUUAGGGCCAAGACAUCCUGUGGCGUGCCACAGGGUUGGAUAAUGGGACCUUUGUUAUUCCUAAUCUAUAUCAAUGACCUUGCAUCUGUGUCUUCUACAGUACUUCCCAUUCUCUUUGCUGAGGAUACCAAGUAGAUUUUUAUCACACAAUAAUUUGUAUUCACUAAUUAACAAAGCCAACUCUGGCAUGGACACAUUUUCUGAAUGGUUCCAGAUUAACACAUUAUCUUUAAAUGUUUAAAAAAAUCGAACUUUAUUUUAUUCACUAGUAAGGAUAAGAAAUGUGGUUAAAAAAAAGAGCCAGAAUCUCAAUUGGUGGGAAUGAAAUGGAACAAGUCACAUCCACUAGAUUCCUCUGAGUUAUAAUUGAUGAACAGUUGUCCUGGAAAGAUCAUAUCCAGUUAGUUCCACUAGAUUCCUCUGAGUUAUAAUUGAUGAACAGUUGUCCUGGAAAGAUCAUAUUCAGUUAGUUCCACUAGAUUCCUCUGAGUUAUAAUUGAUGAACAGUUGUCCUGGAAAGAUCAUAUCCAGUUAGUUCCACUAGAUUCCUCUGAGUUAUAAUUGAUGAACAGUUGUCCUGGAAAGAUCAUAUUCAGUUAGUUCCACUAGAUUCCUCUGAGUUAUAAUUGAUGAACAGUUGUCCUGGAAAGAUCAUAUCCAGUUAGUUCCACUAGAUUCCUCUGAGUUAUAAUUGAUGAACAGUUGUCCUGGAAAGAUCAUAUCCAGUUAGUUCCACUAGAUUCCUCUGAGUUAUAAUUGAUGAACAGUUGUCCUGGAAAGAUCAUAUUCAGUUAGUUCCACUAGAUUCCUCUGAGUUAUAAUUGAUGAACAGUUGUCCUGGAAAGAUCAUAUCCAGUUAGUUCCACUAGAUUCCUCUGAGUUAUAAUUGAUGAACAGUUGUCCUGGAAAGAUCAUAUUCAGUUAGUUCCACUAGAUUCCUCUGAGUUAUAAUUGAUGAACAGUUGUCCUGGAAAGAUCAUAUCCAGUUAGUUCCACUAGAUUCCUCUGAGUUAUAAUUGAUGAACAGUUGUCCUGGAAAGAUCAUAUUCAGUUAGUUCCACUAGAUUCCUCUGAGUUAUAAUUGAUGAACAGUUGUCCUGGAAAGAUCAUAUCCAGUUAGUUCCACUAGAUUCCUCUGAGUUAUAAUUGAUGAACAGUUGUCCUGGAAAGAUCAUAUCCAGUUAGUUCCACUAGAUUCCUCUGAGUUAUAAUUGAUGAACAGUUGUCCUGGAAAGAUCAUAUUCAGUUAGUUCCACUAGAUUCCUCUGAGUUAUAAUUGAUGAACAGUUGUCCUGGAAAGAUCAUAUCCAGUUAGUUCCACUAGAUUCCUCUGAGUUAUAAUUGAUGAACAGUUGUCCUGGAAAGAUCAUAUUCAGUUAGUUCCACUAGAUUCCUCUGAGUUAUAAUUGAUGAACAGUUGUCCUGGAAAGAUCAUAUCCAGUUAGUUCCACUAGAUUCCUCUGAGUUAUAAUUGAUGAACAGUUGUCCUGGAAAGAUCAUAUCCAGUUAGUUCCACUAGAUUCCUCUGAGUUAUAAUUGAUGAACAGUUGUCCUGGAAAGAUCAUAUUCAGUUAGUUCCACUAGAUUCCUCUGAGUUAUAAUUGAUGAACAGUUGUCCUGGAAAGAUCAUAUCCAGUUAGUUCCACUAGAUUCCUCUGAGUUAUAAUUGAUGAACAGUUGUCCUGGAAAGAUCAUAUCCAGUUAGUUCCACUAGAUUCCUCUGAGUUAUAAUUGAUGAACAGUUGUCCUGGAAAGAUCAUAUCCAGUUAGUUCCACUAGAUUCCUCUGAGUUAUAAUUGAUGAACAGUUGUCCUGGAAAGAUCAUAUUCAGUUUGUCUACAGCAAAGUGGUGAAAUCUGUUGGUAUUAGUGGUUUGGUUCAUCAGGCUUGCUUCCUAACUCUAUACUAUAUCGUAGUUUAAUUGACCAUAUAUUAUUUACUGUAAUAUUGUCUGGGCCAGCACAUAUGCCUCCUAUCCACACAAAUUACUCAUCAUACAAAAUACAUUUGCAAGACUAGCCUCCUCCUCUUAUUACCUGGCUCCAUUUGCACCUUUGUUUAAGAAACUCCAGAACUUGUAUAUUUACAACAUUAUCGUACGCAAAACAUGCACUUUCAUCUACAAAUACUCAAUCAAAUUCAAUCAAAUGUAUUUAUAAAGCCCUUUUUAUAUCAGCCGAUGUCACAAAGUGCUGUACAGAAACUCAGCCUAAAACCCCAAACAGCAAGUAAUGCAGAUGUAGAAGCAUGGUGGCUAGGAAAAACUCCCUAGAAAGGCAGGACCCUAUGAAGAAACCUAGAGAGGAACCAGGUUCUGAGUGGUGGCCAGUCCUCUUUUGGCUGUGCUGGUUGAGAUUAUAACAGUAAAUGGCCAAGAUGUUCAAACGUUCAUAGAUGACCAGCAGAGUCAAAUAAUAAUAAUAAUCACAGUGGAUGUAGAGGGUGCAACAGAUCAGCAUCUCAGGAGUAAAUGUCAGUUGGCUUUUCAUAGCUGUGCAUUCAGAGUUAGAGACAGCAGGUGCGGUACAGAGAGAGUCGAAGACAGCAGGUCCGGGACAAGGGAGCACAUCCAGUGAACAGGUCAGGGUUGAAACAGUUGGGGGAGCAGCAACACGACCAGGUGGAUUGGGGACAGCAAGGAGUCAUCAGGCCAGGUAGUCCUGCGGCAUGGUCCCAGGGCUCAGGACCUCUGGGAGGGGAGGGGGAGAGAGAGAAUUACAGGGAGCAUACUUAAAUUCACACAGGACACUGGAUAAGAAAUACUCCAGAAAUAACAGACUGAUCCUAGCCCCCCGACACAAACUAUUGCACCAUAAAUACUGGAGGCUGGUUCCGGUAGGGGUUGGGAGACACUGUGGCCCCGUCUGACGAUACCCUCGGACAGGGCCAACCAGGCAGGAUAUAACCCCACCCACUUUGCCAAAGCACAGCCCCCACAACACUAGAGGGAUAUCUUCAAACCACCAACUCACUACCCUGAGACAAGGCUGAGUGUAGCCCACGAAGAUCACAUCCACGGCACAAACCCGAGGAGGGCACCAAUCCCGGACAGGAAGAUCACGUCAGUGACUCAACCCACUCAAGACAUGCACCCCUCCUAGCGAUGGGAUGGAAGCGCACCAGUUAGCCAGGGACUCAGCCCCUGUAAUAGGGUUAGAGGCAAAGAAUCCUGGUGGAGAUUAGGGCACCGGCCAGGCAGAGACAGCAAGGGCAGUUCGUUGCUCCAGUGCCUUUCUGUUCACCUUCACACUCCUGUGCCAGACUACUCAGGCUAGCACUGGAGUAAUAUGAUACAUUUUUUGGGUUCUAGUCAAGAUUCUAGCAACCAUGAACACCAGAACUUACAGUUGACUUUUCAGAGGACAAACCAUCCAUAGAGGCAAACUGAUAUCUUUCCGACAUUUAAGAUCUAAACCAGGCCAUAACUUGUCCAUGUAGACCAAUUUGGGUUUCCAAUCUCUCCAAAAGAAUGUCAUGAUCGAUGGUAUCAAAGCAGCACUAAGAUCUAGGAGCACGAGGACAGAUGUAGAGCCUUGGUCUGAUGCCAUUAAAAGGUAAUUUACCACCUUCACAAGUGCAGUCUCAGUGCUAUGAUGGGGUCUAAAACCAGACUGAAGCAUUUCGUAUACACUGUGCCUUCAGGAAGGCAGUGAGUUGCUGCGCAACAGCUUUUUCUAACGUUUUUGAGAGGAAUACCGCUCUGACAGUUUAUCUAAACCCUUCAAUGGAUUCUUCCAGGUUAAUUACUGAGAUCCAUCUAUAGUCAGGUCCAUAAGUAUUUGCAUCAUUUUGGCUGUGUACGCCACCACAAAGGAUUUGAAAGGAAACAGUCAAUAUGUGCUUUAAGUGUAGACUUUCAUCUGUAAUUUAAGGGUUUUGUCAAAAUGAUUAUGAACUGUGUAGGAAUUAAAAACAUUCAUACAUAGCCCCCAAUUUUAUGGGCUCAAAAGUAAUUGAACAUAUUAACAUGAUCAUGAAAUAAAUUGUGAGUUUUAAUACUUGGUUCCAAAUCCUUUGCAGUCAAUGACUGCCUGAAGUCUGGAACCCAUAGACAUCAUCAGAUGCUGGGUUUCUUCCCUGUUGAUGCUCUGCCAGGCCUUUACUACAGCUGUCUUCACUUCCUGCUUAUUCUUGGGGCGUUUUGCCUUCAGCAAGUGAAAUGCAUGCUCAAUUGGAUUCAGGUCAGAUGAUUGACUUGGCCAUUGCAGAACAUUCCACUUCUUUGCCUUAAAAAGGUAUUGGAUUGCUUUCGCAGUAUGCUUCGGGUCAUUGUCCAUCUGCACUGUGAAGCACCGUCCAAUGAGUUUUGAAGCAUUUGGCUGAAUCUGAACAGAUAAUAUAUCCCUAAACACUUCAGAAUUCAUCCUGCUGCUUUUGUCAGAGGUCCCAUCAUCUAUAUAUGUACAAGGGAACAAGUUCCAUUGGCAGCCACACAUGCCAAUGCAAUAACACUACCUCCACCAUGCUUCACAGAUGAGGUGGUAUGCUUCGGAUCAUGAGCAGUUCCUUCCCUUCUCCACACUCUUCUCUUCCCAUCAUUCUGGUACAAGUUGAUAUUUGUCUCAUCUGUCCACAGGAUGUUGUUCCAGAACUGUACAGGUGUUUUAGAUGUUGUUUUCUUCCUGUUUUUUGAGGUUUACCAAUGGUUUACAUCUUGUAAUAAACCGUCUGUAUUUACUCUGGUGAAGUCUUCUCUUGAUGGUUGACUUUGACACAGAUACACCUACCUCCUGGAGGGUGUUCCUGAUCUGGCCAACUGUUGUGAAGGGGUUUUUCUUCACCAGGGAAAUAAUUAUUCUGUCAUCUACCACAGUUGUUUUCUGUGGUCUUCUGGUGUCCCGGAGCUCACCAGUGCGUUCUUUCUUUUUAAGAAUGUACCAAAUAAUUGAUUUGGCCACACCUAAGGUUUUUGCUAUCUCUCUGUUGCGUUUGUUUUGAUUUUUCAGCAUAAUGAUGGCUUGCUUCACUGGCAGGGACAGCUCUUUGUACUCCAUAUCGAGGGUUAACAGCAACAGAUUCCAAAUUCACACUUGAAAUCAACUCCAGAACUUUUGUCUGCUUACUUGUAAAUGAACUAAUGAGGGAACACACACCUGGCCAUGGAACAGCCAAUUGUCCAAUUACUUUUGGUCCCUUUAAAAGGGGGGCAAAUAUCUGUAAUUCCUACACCGUUCACCCUCAAAUUAAAGCUGAACGUCUGCACUUUCAGCUCAUAUUCAUUAUUUCAUUUCAACUCCAAUAUGUUGUGGUAGACAGCUAAAAUAAUGACUGUAUAUAACACAAGACACUGCGAUAACCUUUACCCCCUCCACUGCUACAUCUCAGUCAAUUCUCUGUCAGAUACAGAGGUACCAUACUCUGAAACUUUUAUUUUUACAUUGCCAAAGCAUAAUCUCUCAAUAACUUCAAGUGAAGACUGGGGGUCAGCCUGAUGAACCAAACUACACAGUAAUCUCCAUGUAUGCUAACUCUCACACAUUUAAACACAACACUUUUUUUGUGUGUGAUUACUGCACAAUUCAUUUAUAAUUAAGUUUUGUUAUGUUUUAACAAAACAUUUUAAUUUUUGUACUUCUGCCUUGUAAAACAAUGUGUGGUUUUCAAAUAAACACUGGGGCAUCCUACAACACCCGCACACCGUUUGUAUUUUCUCUAUCACUUGUUUAUUCGGUGCAAAAAAAAUUCAGCUAAACUGUCUCCUCUCUCACACUUCUCCCCAGUCUAAUCUAAUGGCCCCCGACUCCUGCUCCAGAUCUGGCUUUUCUCUUCCUAUCGCUUUACACCAGCUGCUGUUCUGUUUGUAUUGUUUUGUUUGUCGAGGAUCAGUAUAAAUAAAGACUGACUCAUUG